GCUGGCCUGUGAACUUGUUCACCCUUCUCCUUACUUCUCAUUCAACCUUCGUUUUCUUGAUUCUUCUCUUCCUCUUUCUCUUCAUUAUAACUCUUCCCCACCCAUCACACUUGAUCACUUCAUCACUGAUGAUGUAGAUAGAGAGUGAAAAGAGACCACUGUGUCCACUCAGAAAGAGAUUGCUCACUCCUACUUCCUUCGUCUUCGAAUUCUUUGAUUCAUGGGUGAAGAGGGAGAAGAGGUGUCAAUAGAGAAGGAAAAAAGCAUGGCAGUUUAUGCAAAUCAGUGCUUCUAUGCUACUUCCUCUGCAAAUUGGCCUCUUUUAAGACACCAUAAUUCAUCUUCAAUGCCUCCCUUUAAGUAAAACACGAAAACAAAACAAACCUUUUCUCACCUUUUUCUUCUUAGAUCUUAAUAUACAUUGCCUAAACAAAAUAAAGGGAUCAAAUUUAAGCUCCUUGAUCUAAUAAGAUCCGUCCUUUGAACUCAUGAAGAGACUUGGCAGCUCCGAUUCUCUGGGUGCUCUCAUGACCAUUUGUCCACCAACAGACGAACACAGUCCGAGGAACAACAACCACGUGUAUGGCAGGGAGUUCCAGUCUAUGUUGGAAGGACUAGACGAUGAAGGGUGUGUGGAGGAACCAGGACACCACGCUGAGAAGAAACGAAGACUGAGCGUGGAUCAGGUGAAAGCUUUGGAGAAGAACUUCGAAGUAGAGAACAAACUGGAACCUGACAGAAAGGUGAAGCUGGCACAAGAACUUGGCUUGCAACCAAGACAGGUUGCGGUUUGGUUCCAAAACCGUCGAGCCAGAUGGAAAACGAAGCAAUUGGAAAGAGACUAUGGAGUCCUCAAAGCCAAUUAUGAUUCCCUCAAACUUAACUACGACACCCUCCAACAAGACAACGAAGCCUUACUCAAAGAGAUAAAGGAAUUGAAAUCAAGGUUGCCGCUGCAAGAAGAGAGCAACACUGAAAGCGAUGUUUCGGUGAAGGAAGAGAUGAUAACACUGCAAGAUAGUAACCCACUUUGUCAAACCGCCAUUCCUGGAUCCGAAUGCUUCAACAAGAGUGAUGAAGUUUUAGGGGCUUUCAAAGACGGCUCUUCCGACAGCGACUCCAGCGCGAUCUUGAACGAAGAGAAUGCCAACAACAACCACAACAGUCCCAACAACGCCACGAUUUCAUCUUCUGGGGUUAUGCAAAGUCAGAGCUUUUUGUCAUCGUCUUCUCCGAUGAACUGUUUCCAGUUCCAGAAACAGUUUCCGACGCAGUACGUGAAGAUGGAGGAGCAUAAUUUUCUGAGCGCGGACGAGGCGUGCAAUUUCUUCUCGGAUGAACAAGCGCCCACGCUGCAGUGGUACUGUUCAGAGGAGUGGAGUUAAGAAGAUGAACACAGAAAGCAAAAAAAAAAAAGGUAGAAGAAUCAUGGCCACCUUGUUGAGAAGAGGAUUAGAGAGAAGAAUAAGGCAUUAUUUUGCAGGGUGUAUAGUAAUGGAGAAAGAAGCUUUGUAAAAAAGGGAAAGGGUUGCAUGGUGAAGACUGCAGAGAAGUGAGAGAAAAAUGAAGAGUUUGAGAGAGAGAGAGAAGAAGAAGGGGUUGCAGGAACAUGGUGGGGUCGGAGAAGAGAGGUUGAUGACGAGAAAAGGGUAAAAAUAAUAAUAAUCAUCAAUCUCUCGGGCGUGCGGGUAAUUUAUGAAUAAUAAUAAUAAUAAUGAUUAGGUCCUAAUGAAAUCAAAUCUAUCUAUCUAUCUAUGCUGUAAAAAAAAUCCACAAUUCACCUGUCUCUGCUUUCACCUUUUC